UUAUUUUAAUGCUACUUCUAUAAUCAAGAAAAAAUAUCACAAGUUGCAUGUACAUGAUGAAUACCUUAACCUUAACAUAAAUAUAAAUAUACAAGUCACAUUCUCAUUGCCCAUUAUUACUCUUUGAUUUUUUUUCUGAGUAUGUGCCUCUGCAUAGAGCACGGUCAGAUUAAAAUAUAUGUGCAAGUUUAUUUCUAAAGUAUUUCCAUGUAAGAAAAACUGUGGUGUUUUUCAUGUUAGUAGAAGUUUUCAGAUUGAUUUUAAAUGACUUCACCUUUGUGGAGUUUGGAAAUUUUAUAUGUGGUUUGAGCAGAGCUGGCACAAAGUGCUGUCAGCCCAACACCAGAGGUUUUGCAUUUGAGGUCUUCAUGACCGUUGUUAAGGCCUCGUACCACGUGGUUUACCUGAUGCCCCUUUUUUCCCCCACCAGGCUGGUGCCUUGUGCUCUUAAGUGGUAACAGGCGCUCACCAUAUGAACACAGUACCUCAGUUCUCUGACCUGGCUGCAGUCUCCCUGUGUCCAGAGCUUCAGCAUAGCAGCCAGGGUGAAACAGGCAGAGUGCAGUGAAGGCCUCUGUCAUUGCCGUCAUGCCGUUCCCAUUUGGCAAGUCUCACAAAUCUCCAGCAGACAUAGUGAAGAACCUGAAGGAAAGCAUGGCUGUUCUGGAAAAGCAGGACAUUUCUGACAAAAAAGCAGAAAAGGCUACAGAAGAAGUUUCCAAAAACCUGGUUGCCAUGAAAGAAAUUCUGUAUGGCACAAAUGAGAAAGAGCCACAGACAGAAGCAGUAGCUCAACUCGCUCAAGAACUAUAUAAUAGUGGACUCCUUAGUACCCUGGUAGCUGAUUUGCAGCUCAUUGACUUUGAGGGCAAAAAAGACGUGGCUCAAAUUUUCAACAAUAUUCUCAGAAGACAAAUUGGUACAAGAACUCCUACUGUUGAAUACAUCUGCACCCAACAGAAUAUUUUGUUCAUGUUGUUGAAAGGGUAUGAAUCUCCAGAAAUAGCUUUAAAUUGUGGAAUAAUGUUAAGAGAAUGCAUCAGACACGAACCACUUGCAAAAAUCAUUUUGUGGUCAGAACAGUUUUAUGAUUUCUUCAGAUAUGUCGAAAUGUCAACAUUUGACAUAGCUUCAGAUGCAUUUGCUACAUUCAAGGAUUUACUUACAAGACAUAAAUUACUCAGUGCCGAAUUUUUGGAACAACAUUAUGAUCGAUUUUUCAGUGAAUAUGAGAAGCUACUUCAUUCAGAAAAUUAUGUGACAAAGAGACAGUCACUGAAGCUUCUCGGUGAACUACUGUUAGAUAGACACAACUUCACAAUUAUGACAAAAUACAUCAGUAAACCUGAGAACCUCAAAUUAAUGAUGAAUCUUCUACGAGACAAAAGUCGCAACAUCCAAUUUGAAGCCUUUCACGUUUUCAAGGUGUUCGUGGCCAAUCCCAACAAGACACAACCUAUCCUGGACAUCCUCCUCAAGAACCAGACCAAACUCAUCGAGUUCCUCAGCAAGUUCCAGAACGACAGGACCGAGGACGAGCAGUUCAAUGACGAGAAGACCUAUUUAGUUAAACAGAUCCGGGAUUUGAAGAGGCCAGCUCAGCAAGAAGCCUAAUUCCAAUAAACACCUACAAUACUAAAUCCAAAGUCAGCAUCUGCUGUUAGCUAUUCAGCAUCAGGCACUCUUAUCAAUUCCCGAGGAACAUUACUGCUAAUCUGCUGUUAAGUGAACGGUUUUUCAUUUUACCUUUUUGUUUUUCAGUCCAGGUUGGAGAGCAUAGUGGCUGCUGCUUGCGUACUAGAGCGCACGUGGCUUUUCCUUGAUUUUUGCGUCAUUUCAGAAUUCAGAGACUGUUUGCUACAGGAAUUCUGAACAUGACUGGGUUCACAAAGGCAAAUGUAUGGAUGAGAGUGGUGUAGGGGAGAGAGCGUCGAUGUCAUCAAGCUAAUCCCACGCAUUUUUGUUCCCUGUGAUGGAGAUCUGCAUGCAGUGUGGCCUGCGCACACCUGGAACCCUGUGUCGAUCAUCUGCCCUCGCUGAGGAAGCUGGCACGUGCAGCGCCUUUAAAAUCAGAGGUCGGAGGGGAGUGGUAGCCGUGAUGUGGGCUUUGGGGACAGAGAAAGUUGACAUACAAACAAAUCUAUACUGAAACAGCAACUUCUGGAAAGUGAAGCUUCAUAAGGCUGGAAGGAAGAUGUACAUAUGCUUUUCACAGCUUUCUAGAGCUUUUUGACAUUUGAUUUUUUUGAGACUUACGAACCUGGAUACCUUGAAGGGUGUUUGUUAAUUUUACUUUUUGAAGGUAUUUUAAGACAGUAGAGCUAGCAACGGCACCUUGCAUUUCAUUUCAGCACUGCUUACAGGUGUCUUUUGUAUAUAAUUCUUAGAAUGGUCAUUUCUUUUAAAUGGUUUAAUUUGUACAGCAGAGGAAUGUUAUUGCAGUAGUAUGUAACUAUUACCUAAUACUGAGUUUUUGCAAAAAAAAAAAAAUGAAUGCUCAUCUGUAAUUGAAAUACUUCAGAUCACAUGAAAAUGCUGAUCUAACAUUUAAGGAUCACAGCAUUAAAAGAAAAA